AUGAUGGUGAUUGGGUUCAUGGUGACUGAUGAUGCUGAUUAUGGCUACGAUCUUCCUGUAGCAGAUGGCUACGAUCUUCCUGUAGCAGAUGGCUACGAUCUCCCAGUAGCAGAUGGCUACGAUCUUCCUGUAGCAGAUGGCUACGAUCUUCUUGUAGCAGAUGGCUACGAUCUCCCAGUAGCAGAUGGCUACGAUCUUCUUGUAGCAGAUGGCUACGAUCUUCCUGUAGCAGAUGGCUACGAUCUCCCAGUAGCAGAUGGCUACGAUCUUCUUGUAGCAGAUGGCUACGAUCUUCCUGCAGCAGAUGGCUACGAUCUUCUUGUAGCAUAUGGCUACGAUCUCCCAGUAGCAGAUGGCUACGAUCUUCUUGUAGCAUAUGGCUACGAUCUCCCAGUAGCAGAUGGCUACGAUCUUCUUGUAGCAGAUGGCUACGAUCUUCCUGCAGCAGAUGGCUACGAUCUUCCUGUAGCAGAUGGCUACGAUCUCCUUGUAGCAGAUGGCUACGAUCUUCCUGUAGGAGAUGGCUACGAUCUUCCUGUAGCAGAUGGCUACGAUCUUCUUGUACCAGAUGGCUACGAUCUCCUUGUAGCAGAUGGCUACGAUCUCCUUGUAGCAGAUGGCUACGAUCUCCCUGAACCAGAUGGCUACGAUCUCCCUGUAGCAGAUGGCUAA